UCUAUUACUAUGCUUUAUAAUUUGCAAACACUAAAGCUUGGAAGAAGAUUUCAUCUUCCAAAGAAUCUGAGAAAAUUGGUUAGGCUAAGACAUUUGAACUUCUCCUUCCUACCCAACUUCCCAAGCCAAAUGCCUUUACAUAUGAGCCGGUUGAUUCAUCUUCAAACAUUACCUGAAUACAUAGUAGGUUAUGGGAAGGGUCGCAAAAUUGAAGAGCUUGGACCUUUAAACGAUCUCAAAGGGUCAUUGCGACUAUUCAGCCUCAAGCGAGUGAGAAGUAAAGAGGAAGCCAUAGCUGCAAAGUUGAUGGGAAAAAAGAACUUACGUAAACUAACCCUUAAUUGGAGUACUAAUUUCUUUGAAAAAGAUAGCAACCACAAUGACAUGGAAGUGCUGGAAGGACUUCAACCACACAACAAUCUUCAAUCAUUAUCUAUUCUUCACUUUGCCGGACAAGUUUUGCCUAAUGGUGUGUUUGUUGAAAAUUUGGUUGCAAUAGUUCUACAAAAGUGUAGCAAAUGUGAAAUGCUUCCAAUGCUAGGGCAAUUACCUAACCUGGAAGAUCUCAAAAUUUCUCAUAUGAGUAGUGUGAGAAGUAUAGACAGAGAGUUCUAUGGAAAUUAUGGCUCAAAACAAAGUGUUUGUUUUCCCAAGUUGAGGAAACUUUCCUUCAGUUUCAUGGAAAAACUAGUGCAGUGGGUAGAGGUAUCAAAUGGUAUUGCUUUUCCUCAUCUUGAAAGCUUAUCUAUGGACACUUGUUCCAAAUUAAGGAGUGUUCCUGAUCACUUUGUAUCUCUUCGGACUCUAACAAUUGAUGGAUGCGAAGGAUUGAAGAAAUUUCCAAGUAAAUUAGAAUGUUGCAUUUCCAUUGCGUCUGUGAAGAUUUUUGACUGUCCCAAUUUGAGGCUGAAUGUGCAUAAUAUGUGGAAUUUGAAAGAAAUAGAAAUUGGUGGAUGUAUGGAAGAGUACGACUUCAGUUCUCUCAUGCACCAAUCUUCAGUUACAAAUCUUUGCUUAACUGAUACCUCAAGAAAAGCAAUCCAAGUUCCUCGACAGCUUCAGCAUCUGACAACUUUGAAAGCUUUAACUAUAAAACACUUUAAUGGUGUUGAAGCUCUGCCUGAAUGGUUGGAAAAGCUUACAAAUUUAGAAACAUUGGAGGUUUCUUGUUGCGAGAAUUUGAAACGAUUGCCUUCGCGACAAGCCAUGCUACGUGUUUGGGGGAUGAAAUACCCUAGACACGUGGAGGACAGCUAUUAGUGCUUAGGAUGACUCAUGAGUCAUGCCCAACUCGAACCGCCAAGAUUGCCACCACCAGCGUUGACAGGUGCCAAGUAUAAGGGCUGAGGUGCGACCUGGUCAAUGUCCGAUCUACCAAGAAGCUCGGCGGGUCCGAGGUGAGCAGCUGUUAGCGGCGUGAUUAUCGGGUGUAACCGUCGGUCCCGAGAUUACCGGGUAUAACCAUCGCGAGAUCAACGGGACUA